AUGGAAACUGGAGAACUUGUAAAAAGACUUUCGUUAUUGGAAGACCAAAAAAAUUUGAUAUUAUCCUUAAGUGAAGAAUACGGUCAUAAUUUGGAAGAAGAUAAAGAGGAAACUGACAUCAACGACGACGGCAUAGACUUUGAAGAAGAAGAAAAAAAAAUUAAACUCAAUCCUGUUGAUAUAUUCAAUGCAGAAGACAUGCUGGUGGAAAAACAAAGUUUUACAAAAUCUCCAAUCACCGCCACUUUUCCUGUAAUGUCUACUAAUACAACAACGCCUAAUUUAAAUAAUUGCAAUGAUAAUAAUCCAACGUUUACUUUUGUUCCAGCGCCAUUUCCAGUUCAACAAUUACAAUUUCCUCAACUACAACUGCAAAAUACUACCAAUCCACCAGCAAAACCUAAACGAAAACAAGUUAAAAAUGCAUGUGUUAAUUGUCAAAGGGCUUGUAAAAAAUGUGACGAAGGAAGACCUUGUCAACGUUGUAUUAAAUACGAACUUACAGACACUUGUCAAGAUUCCAUUCGUAAAGAACGUAAAAAGGAACAAAGUAGCCAACCAAAAAAUAUCACCCCAAAAAUCUCAGGGUAUUGUAGACUGUAUGGUCAG